AUCCUUGUCCACCCUGUGUUGUGUAGUCGGAAGCUAAGCUAGCUGUUAUUAUGAUAGCAUGAAUGAUUGAAAUGUAGCUUAUUUACACGUUUGCUGCAUCUUCAUAUCAUAUUAUACAUCUUCCUUGGGAAUUUAGACGCACGUAGUGAGAGGAAAUGCUCUCGCUUGCCCUCAAUGGGAGGAGGUUGUGUUAGCUAGCUAGCUGUUUAGCAUACAUUUCUAGGAUUUUUCCUCUGCCAGCCAUUGUUUAUGUAGGGCAUUCAUUUACAGGGAGAACAACGAGUUAGAAAGAAGGUACUUCAAACCAUGGCUUCAAUUCUGGACGAGUACGAGGACUCUCUAAACACCAGGCAGAUUGCGCAGCAGCACAGCCGCCUGUCAAAUGCCAACAUCGGGAUAACACAUUCAGGCUUUGUGAAUGUGAGACUUGAGGAAGAGAAGCCGAUAUUCAACAAGCAGAGGAUCGAUUUUACUCCACCUGAGAGGAUAAACCAUCUUGCAGUCUGCAACAAUCAGCUAUGCAUGAGUCUGGGAAAGGACACCCUGCUGAGAAUUGAUUUGGCCAAGCCAGAUCAACCUAAUCAGAUUGAAUUAGGACGGAAAGAUGAAAGUAAAGUGCACAAACUGUUCCUGGACCCCACUGGCUCCCAUCUGCUGAUCUGCCUGAGCACCAGCGAGUGUCUGUACCUAAACAGGAACACGCAGAAGGUGCGCAGUCUCUCCCGCUGGAGAGGCCACCUCAUCGAGAGCGUGGGCUGGAACAAGCAGCUGGGCAAUGAGACAAACACAGGACCUGUCCUAGUUGGCACCAGUCAAGGCAUCAUCUUUGAGGCGGAGAUCUCUGCAACUGAGGGCAGCCUGUUCAACACCAAUCCAGAUCAAUACUUCAGACAGGUCCACUCCCUGGAGGAGGAUGGGAAGCCUGCACCAGUCUGCUGCCUGGAGGUGGAGCGGGGGGGCUCAGAGAACAAGUACUUCAUCAUCGCCACCACCCGCAAACGUCUGUUCCAGUUUGUGGGUAAGUUGGCCGAGGGGUCAGAGCAGCAGGGCUUCAGCUCCAUCUUCAGCCAGAACCAGGACCUGCUGCCCAGCUUCCAGGAGUUCCCAGCCAACAUGGGCUACAGCGAGAUCACCUUCUACACCCCGAAGCUCCGCAACUCACCUAAGUCCUUCGGCUGGAUGAUGGGUAACGGAGUUCUUUACGGUCAGCUGGAUUAUGUCAGGCCUGACUCCCUGCUGAGCGAUGUGCAGGUAUGGGAGUACACGCCUGACAUUGACAUCAGUCUCGACAAGCCCAUCUCCAUCGUGCUGACCCAGUUCCACUUCCUGCUGCUGCUCCAUGAUCGAGUAAAGGCCAUCUGCACCCUGAAUGGACAGGAGGUGUACGAGGAUGUGUUCCCAGAUAAAUUUGGCACCCUAAAGAAGAUGAUCAAGGACCCAGUUGGAGGGUUGGUGUGGAUCUACACUGAGCGGGCGGUGUUCCGGUACCACAUCCAGCGCGAGGCCAGGGACGUCUGGCAGAUGUACAUGAGCAUGACUAAGUUCGACCUGGCCAAGGAGUACUGCCGGGACCGGCCCGAGUGCAUGGACAUGGUUCUGGCCAAGGAAGCCGAGCACUGCUUCCAGAACAAGCGGUACAUCGACAGCGCCAAGUGCUACGCGCUGACCCAGAACUACUUUGAGGAGAUAGCGCUCAAGUUCAUCGAAGCCAAACAGGAGGAAGCCCUGAAGGAGUUCUUACUGAAGAAACUGAAUAAUUUGAAACAGAGCGAGAGAACGCAGAUCACCCUGCUGGUCACAUGGCUCGCCGAGCUCUACCUGAACAGCCUCGGCCAGCUGGAGAGCGACGGCAACAGCGUCAUCUUCCAGGAGACCCGCGAAGAGUUUCGAGAAUUCCUCAGCAGCUCCAAGCACAAGGAGUGCCUGUACAACAACCGCAGCACCAUCUACGACCUGCUGGCCAGCCACGGCAACGUGGACGACAUGGUGUACUUCUCGGUCGUCAUGCAGGACUACGAGAGAGUCAUAUCCCACUACUGCCAACACGACGACUACAGCGCCGCCCUGGAUGUGCUCUCAAAGCACUGCGAUCAAAAGCUUUUUUACAAGUUCUCCCCGGUCCUCAUGCAGCACAUUCCCAAAAAAGUGGUUGACGCGUGGAUCCAGAUGGGCAAGCGGCUGGACCCGAAGAAGCUCAUCCCGGCUCUGAUGAACUACAGCCAGAUGGGCAGCACGCAGCAGAUCAGCGAAACCAUCCGCUACAUGGAGUUCUGCGUGUACGAGCUGACCGUGACGGAGGAGGCCAUCCAUAACUACCUGCUGUCGCUCUACGCCAAGUACAAGCCGGAUUCCCUGCUGUGGUACCUGGAGCAGGCGGGCACGCACCCCUCAGAGAUCCACUACGACCUGAAGUACGCCCUCAGGCUGUGCGCUGAGAACGGCUACCUCCAGGCCUGUGUGCUGGUUUAUAGGAUUAUGGAGCUGUAUGAGGAGGCAGUGGAUCUCGCUUUACAAGUAGAUGUAGACUUGGCCAAGUCGUGUGCGGACCUGCCUGAAGAUGACGAGGAACUGAGGAAGAAGCUUUGGCUGAAGAUCGCGCGGCACGUGGUGCAGGAGGAGAAAGAUGUGAAGAAAGCCAUGAACUGUCUGUCCAGCUGCAACCUGCUCAAGAUUGAAGACAUCCUGCCAUUUUUCCCAGACUUUGUCACCAUUGACCAUUUUAAGGAGGCCAUUUGCAGCUCCCUGGAGGAGUACAACCAGCACAUCGAGGAGCUGAAGCAGGAAAUGGAGGAGGCCACGGAGAGCGCUAAACGCAUCCGAGAGGACAUCCAGGAAAUGAGGAACAAAUAUGGCGUUGUGGAUUCCCAAGAAAAGUGUGCUUCAUGUGACUUCCCAUUACUCAACAGACCCUUCUAUCUGUUCCUGUGUGGACACAUGUUCCACUACGACUGCCUGUUCCAGGAAGUAACCCCUCACCUGACGCCCCUUAAGCAGAGUCGUCUAGAGGAGCUGCAGAAAAAGCUGGCCGCGACCACGCAAACCUCCAAGUCUCGACACCGCCCGGCGCCCAAGGACGAAGGAGACACUGCCAGUCUGGGAAAGGGCAAUGCGGGCACAAGCCGCGAGCAGAUAAAAUCAGACAUGGAUGACAUCAUCGCGUCGGAGUGCGUCUACUGCGGCGAACUGAUGAUCAAGUCCAUCGACAAGCCCUUCAUUGAUCCAAAGAAAUUUGAGGAGGAGAAAUCCAGCUGGUUAUGAAUGAGGCCUCAAUUCCUCUCAAUACGAAAAAGACAUGACAGCCAACCAUCCUGUAUGUUGAUGAAACUGCUCCAUCCGUAGGACUGACCCAUUCAGUGGAUACAGACAUUCACCUGAUUGCCUACUGUUGUUCAGCUUCAGGUGUUAUUUUGGUUGGCAGUAUAUGAAGCUGAUUUAAAGACCUUUGCACUUUGUAUGGCUGUAAAAAAUGGACAUUGUGGAAAAUGAUACACGAUGAUGUACUGAUGUAUAAUAUUGCCAGGGCUAAACCUCUGAAUAUGAUGGCAGAAAAUAAUUCAAAAGCUAGAAUCAGAUAUAACUGCACUAUACAUCUAUUAAUAACUUUAAGUUAUGCACUUGCUUUGUCUAUUGGAAACAUAACCUGCACUUCCAUAGCUCAAUUCAACCGCUCCAUCAUCGGCUCUUAGUUCAUCCUACAGGUAACGUGGGGCAGAUUAUCAAACUGUUAGUUUAUAUACUCACUGUUUUACGAUAAAUGUGUGGCACAUUGAAGCUUGUCAGUAUGGAUGGACUGAUAUUCUGGUUGUUUAAUGUAAUAAAUAUUUAACAAAUGAUUUUAA